AUGGGCGAUCCCCCGUGUAAGAUUGAGGUGAAGGAGGACAUUCCAGUCCAUGUGACCACAGAAAAUCCCUCUGAGAAGCCUGAAAGAAACAUCAUCAUGUUAUCUCUAGAUUAUAAAGAAGAUGAAGAUACCAGGCAGCGCUCUUCAGAAGAAAACUUCAUUACCUGUAAUGUACAUCCAGGACUUCACAAUGCAGAGCCAUCAAAUAAUUCCCCCAAGAAUGAGGAACUUUCUAAUGACCAAUCACAGAUUAUCAACCCAAGUCCAAAUCUAUCAUAUAAUCAUCCUAAACAUGAGGAAUCUUCUACUGUUCAAUCACAGAUUAUUACUCCAAAUAUAAGACAGAAACGGGGUAAAAUGUUUAAUUGUGAGGAACGUGGAAAACAGUUAAGAUGUAAGUCAGAGCUUUCUGCACACAGAAAUCAACACAAAGGAGAGAAGCCGUAUUCAUGUUCAGAAUGUGGGAAAUGGUUUACCAAGAAAUCAAGCCUUGAUCAACAUAAAAAAAUUCACACAGGAGAGAAGCCAUAUUCAUGUUCAGAAUGUGGGAAAUGCUUUAACCAGAAAUCAAGCCUUGAUCAACAUAAAAGAAUUCACACAGGAGAGAAGCCCUAUUCAUGUUCAGAAUGUGGGAAAUGCUUUAACCAGAAAUUAAGUCUUAAUCGACACAAGAGAAUCCACACAGAAGAGAAGACGUUGAUGUUUUGUAGUUUUCAAAAGAGUAAGUCUCUGACGUAA